AGCUGUUCGCGGCGCGCCCGCCGGCGCCGGCCGCAGUUUGGCGGUGCGGAGGCUGCAGCGGAGGCGGCUCCUCCCGGGACGCCCCGUCCCCGAGGGACGCCCGUCCCGCUUCUCGGCCUGAAAUUCCUCUUGCUAGUCUUCCAUUCUGUUAAAUGCUUCGCAAACCAGAGCAAAGGAAGAGACAUGAAGAGUUGAAUUUCACUGCCUUGUUUGGAACUGGGUGGAAAUCCUGGAGAUGGAUCUCUUAGGAGUCUGUCUUCCAAUUGGGUUAGAUGCACAGGAGCAAUGGAUCGCCCCAGCUACCUGGAAGAGGACUAUUCUAGCCUGGAUGGGCUGGACGAUGACGUGUUUCACUCUGAUGACUUUGGACUUGCAGGUCAGCCUGGUGAGAUGACUGCAACUGGCUUUUUCACACAGAACCAGUCCUACAGCUGCCUUCUGGGGAGGUUUCAACUAUUCCCCCUCACACACUGCUGUGGUCCCGGUAUCAGACAUCCUGAGCAGCAGGACAAGGCAACUCAAACACUCAGCCCAUCCUCUUCCAGUCAGGAUGUUAUGUUGCCUUGUGGAGUCACUGAAGAGCCACGGAGACUCUUCUAUGGGAGUGCUGGUUACCGUUUACAUGUCCCUCCAGCUGGCUUUGUGUUGGAUCCGCAGCUCCAGGAGGACCCUCAGGAAGGUCAGCGGGAAGCACGUGCUGAGGUGCAGAUCGCACGGAAGUUGCAGUGCAUUGCCGACCAGUUCCACCGGCUCCACAUACAGAGGCAUCAGCAGAACAGAAAUCAAGUGUGGUGGCAGCUUUUUCUCUUCCUACACAACUUGGCCUUAAACACGGAGGUGAACAGGAACCACACUGGGCAGAGGUGAGCUUCGCCCGCCUGUUUCAGGCCACAUCCAGUCUGCAGGGAGCACUGAACAAACACUGGUUCGGGGGCGAGACGUUGCACACCGCCGGCCGGAUGUGAGGACUCUGACUUUCGGAUACUCGUCUUCAAGUCUGGGUGUUUUCACGGACUCUUCUUUGCUGCUGCCUGCCUCGCGAGGCAGGGAGCUCUUGUCCAACACUGUUGAAGGAAAGCCAGAAUGUGGGUGUGUUUGGUAAAGCUUGCUGCUGGCUCCCCGCACCGGUGACCUCUGUGCAAGGGAGGCAGGUAUUAGACUGACGGCUUCCUCUGCCCUGUGUAGUAGGGGAUGGUAGAGUGCAGGAGUGUCAUUUUGGCUGCUAGUUAAAAGUGAUGCCUGGGAUUGAUGACUAAACACACUUGGGGUAUCUUUUAGAGCAGAGAUGCUCAAUUCCUCCACAUUUUUAGCAGUGAAAAACAUUCGAGUAGCUUGGUUCCAUCAGGUUACUUGUUUUAUUCAUUGGUUACUGUUUAUUUCAUUGUGCCCUGUGUGAGAGAAAAUCACAAAGAAAUCUUACCUUUUCGGCCAUUCCAUUGGGCACCACUUGCAGAGCUCUCACAAGAAAAGCUGUUCUUUGUCAUUGCCGUCAAUUAAGAAUAAAUAAAUCAGUAGAACAGGCUGAAAAAGAAACCUUCUUGGAGUUGCUGGUGGCUACUAGCUUCUGCCUGCUUUCAGUUCAGUGUUCUCAGUGCCCAUGAGCCAGCAGGAAGCCAAAAUCCAUGGAAUAUCACAUGUGUCAUUCUUCUACAAUGCUAAUGUAUAUGUUUUUAGUAGUUUUAUGAUGGAUGUUUAUUUUAUUUUGGUUUUCUUUUCUCCUACUAUAUAAUGUGGUUGGUCAGGAAGGCUUAGAUCCCAGGCAUCCGAUAAUUUUGCUUCAGGAUUUGACAGGGAAAUUAAUUAGCAUCUAGUCUGAUAUGUACACUGUACAAGCAGUCUGUCCAUUUACUCUAGUGUGCAGUAUUUGGAGGCUGCUGUAAGCAUAUACUGACUAGCAGCAGUAAUGUUAUUUCAAGGGAGAUCUUCUGUCAGUUUGUAUGCACUCAGAGGUUUGUCCGUAUGGCUGACACUAUUGGACCAGCACAGGGAAACUACCCUACCAAAAAGAAGUAGCCUAAAAUAUUGAUGGCUGCUUCUCUGUAGCCUUAAAUAUACUUAGUUCAAGACCUAGUGACAGCUAGGGUAAAACAUGAACAGAGAAGCAAUACAGACCUUAUUAUUUUUUCUGAAAAUUUCCAUAUUACCACUGCACCUUGUUGUAGGUCUCAAAUGAUACAACCAACUUGAGGAAGAGCUGUCCAGAGAAUUGCUCUUCAGUUGUGUUAGAAAUGUUCAGCAGCAGGUGUUGAGAAAUUCUUGAUCCACUCUGAAAAAUACUCAUUACUGUACGGAAGAGUAGUUUACUUGCACAUAUGCUUUCCUUCUCCACCCCUCUUUGCAUAUUUGUCUCUAAUUCCUGCUUUCUCUGGUAUUUGUAAUCUCAUCAUUGCACUGUAGUGUCUGGUAACAGUUUGCUGAACAGAGUUAAAUUUGGACCUUC